GAUUUAAGUCCAAGGUCCAACGACAGCGGUCCAAGGGCAACUACACUGUGGUAUCGCGACGCUUCUUUGCGCCGCUUCUUUAUUACUGCUUUGUGCACAUCAGAAAUUCAAAAUUAAUUAUAAAUAAAUCUGAAAAAUUGGUGGCUUUAGACUCAACUUAGGGAUCUAGCAGACGGAACUAAGAUUUAGAACUGUUUAAAUCCCUACAACACCUUAGUAAGAGCUUUCCUCUGUUCUUCACGAAAGUCACCUCGAGUUUUGCUAUCUUUUGUUAUGAUUGACAUUGUUGUAUAUUUAAUGCCGUCGGUGUAAGCCUUGUGUAUGAUUGUUUACUCUCUUGAAACCUGAUUCUUUAGAUAAAACGUAUUAAAAAAGGUAUUUGAAUAUAUUGGUUAUCCACAUAACAUGACUUUAUUAUUAUUUGUACUAACACUGCAGUAUAAUUAUCAAAAGAAGAACAGCUGUUUUUUUAUGAACUUAUCGAGAGGCGAUGAGACCAUAAUUUAUGGACGACCUUUGAGCGACGCUGAAGUGACCUUGAGAACGGAUACCUACUAAUUAGGACAAAAUGAGAUUUCUAAACCAGUUAGAGUUAUGAUUUACGGUUGAUAGUUAAGGUUAAAAAUUAGAUUUAGGGUUUUCGUCACGAAAUGACAUAAGCUAUAAUGCCAAAACUCUAUUUAGCCAAAUGGAUGAAUGAAUUUCGCUCUAUAAUUUAUUACUCUUUAUCUUUUAUCUAAUUGGUUCGUCCAUGAAUUAUAGUCGCCCCAGACGCUUGUUGAGAUGAGCAAAGAUGUUAGUCAGAUUACUUCUUCAGAAAUUUGGAAUUUGUUCGUAAAAGACGUGCAUAAGCUAUACAAUAUCGGUCACAUAUGUCUUAGAAACAUCCGUCAUAUCUGAUGGAACCACGGAGUUAUGUCGGGAUGUGGAUAAAGGUACUAUUUAGAGUUAACGACCCGAUUAAUCAUGCUGCGGAACUUAAUUGACUUAUAUGUUUAAGAUGUGCGUUACACAUUCCUCAUGACCGCCUACCCUCAUGUGUAAUAUCAUUUAACGUUCAUAUUGGUCAGAAAUUCAUAUCUACCUAAUUUUUUUUAAAAUACUCUGUUGAACACCAUUGUCUAUCAUACUAGUAUUAAUUGCAUGUCACCAAUCAUGUCAAAUUUUCUCUAUGUGAUCUGUAUAUUUGCUUUUACUUACGUCGUAGAAAGUUCUUGGAAUGUUACUAUAAAUCAUAAUCCAAAUUGUAAUCUCUCGAAAGGAUGUGACAAAUAUGAUGUGAUAUACAUAAAUGGUCGUAAUUUAACAUCUUCAGUACAUGUGUUUAUAACAGCAUCAGAACGCUUUUCUCUUCCAUCAAUUUUGAUUAUUCACAGUUCAUCAGCUGAAGCUAAUCCUGUAAUAGAAUGGGAGAAUUUAAAUGUUUCUUCUGGAAAAAGAUUAAAUAUCGGUAAUGUGACCCAGUCAUAUGCUCUUGUAUUUUAUAAAAUGCUUGAAUAUAAUGAUUUAUCUGAUGAUGUAAACAUGUCCAUUUAUCCUCAAAAUUCUGAUCAAAUUCGAAUCCACCAUUUAAAUGAAUAUAACUGGAAGCGUAAUUCGAACAACGAUAGUUCAUUAUUCUUUGAAAAUAAUUUAUUUGAAAUUACAUACAAUGGAAGUAGUCCAAAAUUGACUUCACCAUACGAGCAAGUUAUUAUUAAGUUUCGAAUAAGUAAUACAACUCAACAUCAUAAAGAUAUGCCACAUUUAUUAUUUAAACCUGGUUGGAUUAUUCAAUUUGAUAUUUUAUUCAAUAAUUUAACUAGUAAUUUUAAUCAAAGUCGAUUUGGUUUACAAUUAAUGUUGAUGUCAAAUUUAACUUUGGAUCCAAUUGAAGAAUUUCGUAAAGAAGUUUUAUUCAGUAUUGACGAUGAAUUAACACCUGGAAAUUUUGAGAUGACCAAUAUUUUAUUAGGUGAAUCAGUAUCUAAAAUGAAUAAUAAUGCUGAACAAUAUUCAAGUAAUUCAACGCAUCCAUCAGCAUUUCUUCAAAUCAAACCAGCUUGUUUCAUUGAUAAUCGUUUGCGAACAGUUCAAAAUAGUCGUAAUGUUUAUAUUGGUAAACAUCAAGAUUUAUUAGAGAAUAAUAAAAUUGGAAAUGAUAAUUUAUCUCAAUUUCAUUUACUUCAUUAUUCAUUUCCAUCAGUAUUUUAUGCGGAUCGAUUAAAUCCUAAUAGUAACAAUGAUACUAACCUGAAACCUAUUGGUAUUCGUUUAUUAAAUGUAUCAUUUGGUACAUCGACUGAUGGAUUUUAUGCUAAAUCGAAAUUUAUUGUUUGGACUGCGUCGUUUGGUCUUGGCAACCCGCCUACUGAUAAUCUAUCUUCUUUAUUGAUUGGAUUAAUUAUAUUCUCGAUGCUAAUCAUUGUUAGCUCUGUAGUUUUAGGCAUUCUACUUGUCAUUGUUUUACGUCGAAGCACUACUAUUAUCAAUAAUGACAGACAACCGAUUCUUAGUCAUUUUGUUAAUGAUCCUAUCGCUUAAAUUGAAUUUUUGCCCUUUUAUAUAUUUUGUUCAAAUUUUCGUUAUUCCUUGAGGAGAGACAGGGUGAGGUAAACAAGAACCUGAGGAAAAAACCACAAAUCCCAUGAAUCGUUAAUUAUUAUUUUAUGAUUUUUUUCAUUGUUGAUUGUAUUCUCUUGUAUUAAUUCAUUUGUGCCUUUAUAAUAUGCGGAAAUCCACAUUUAAUAUAUAUAUACUUCUGUGAUUUGCAUUGAGAAAA